GAGACGCCCAAACAAAAGUAAACCGAGAAAACCCCAACGAAGCCAUUACAGCCUCAUGGUUCUUGCGACCCGACUCGUCCGCCAUCUCCGCCGUCGCCGCCUCUUCCCUCGUUUUCCACCGCCCGUCAAUCGCUACAACCCCCUCCAAAACCCUUCUCCCGUCUCCUCUUCCGAUUACUUCACCCGCUCUCCGACCUCCUUCAAUCACAAUAUCCAAUCUUUCUACGCUAAAAUCCCCUCCCGCUCCUUCUCCUGGGACGCCUACACCGGCGGCACAUCAGUUGACAGCGGCGGAUCCGCCUCCGGCGGCGCUGCCGGAGAUGACGCUCUCAUCGGGAACUCCAAAGAGGGACUGGAGUUGAGCCCUGUAGAUGGCUCUGAAACUGGAGCAGGGCUCUCGAGUCUUGGGACGGAUGGCUCGAGGAUGAUGGAGGAAGCGGUUGAAGAGAGCGUGUGGUAUUACCCAGUCCACGCUGUGAUUACUUUACUCGAUGGUUACCAUGAUCUCACAGGUCUUCCAUGGUGGUUAAUAAUCUCCACAUCUACAUUGGCCCUGAGGGUGUCCCUACUUCCUGUGCUUAUUUUGCAACUUAAGAAGGCUGGAGAAAUUGCCAAAUUAUUCCCAAAAUUGCCUCCUCCAUUUCCACCACCUCUAUCAGGAAGGAGUUUCCGAGACCAAUUUCUGCUCUUUCGAAAGAAAAGACAGGAGCUUGGGUGCCCUUCAUUUUUGUGGAAUUUUGCAUUCCUUACUGUCCAGGUCCCUAGUUUUUUAUUGUGGAUGACUGCCAUUCGGAGAAUGUGUCUGGAUAAUCACUCGGGGCUUGAUAGUGGUGGCACACUGUGGUUCCAAAAUUUGACUGAUUUUCCACACGGUAUUUUAGGUCCUGUAUUUCCUAUCCUGAUCGCAAGCUUGCAUUAUAUCAAUGUUCAGGUUUCUUUUCAGACAUUUAAGUUUGAGAACUAUCCUGGAAUUUUAGGCCUACUAGCAAAAUACUACAAGUUAUAUCUGGAUAUUCUUGCCAUCCCUUUACUUCUUAUUGGAUUUCACAUUCCUCAGGGGAGUUUGGUAUAUUGGGUAACUAACAGCUCACUCACUUUAGUUCAGCAAUUAUCCCUCAGAAAUUCAUACAUUCGGAUGAAGUUGGGAUUGCCGGAACUAGUAGUUCGCAUGAGGGAUAAAAUUUCGAGAGAGAAUGUUUUGCAUGAGAAGAGUGGUCUAUUGGAGCAUGCGAUCUCUGCAGAUUCUUUAUCUCCUGAGAAGUUGCUUGAUCUUGCUCUUGAAAACUUGGCAGCAGGCCAGCAAGAUAAAGCUCUUCCAUUGCUGGGAAUGGCACUUGAGAAGAAUCCUGAACUGGUGAGAGCUUGGAUAGCAAUGGGGCAAAUUCUGUGCUCUAAAAAAUUAUUUUUGGAAGCAGCUGAACAUUUUGAAUCUGCAAUCUCAAAGAUUCAAGAAGAAGAGGAUGUUCUUCUAGUUCUUGCAUAUUUCGGGGCAGGUGUUUCACAUAUAUGUCAGGGAAAUAAAUCAAUGGGUAUCGACCACUUGAAAAGACUAGCAGAGUUGAAGGAGCCAGACGGCCCUAUGGACAAAGCCUGCUACUACAGUGGAUUGGUGAUGUUAGGAAGCACUCUAUUUCAAGAAGGUGAGAAGUCUGAAGCUGCUAAAUACCUGCGAAUUGCUGCAGCCUAUGAUCCUGGAGCUAACCGUUACCUGAAAGAAUGUGAAGAUGGAUGAGUGAUCUGCAGAAGUCACUGACAGAAUUUUUUGAGGUUUGUUUCAAUGCUAAGGGGAUUGGGGGUAUUUAUGAUCAAUUUUGUCAUUGCAUGCGAGGUAUGAAAUGAGCCAACAUAUCUGUCUGCAUCAUAUUUAUCGAUCGUGUUGAAGAGCUGUUCAAACCAUCAUGCUGCUUCUCGGCAGAAUACAAGUGAUCGCUGUUCAUGAACCAUUGUGAAAGUUCUGUUUAUUCUUUUGAUUGCAUUUUGUAUAUACAAUAAAAAUUUCCUGUGUUACUUUUGGGCCUGUCCUCAUUGGAUGGCUAGCCUGUAUUUGUUGUAUGUGUUCCAUGUGGUUUCAAGUGAUGCUAACUGUAAUAAUGUUCUAACAUGCAUUGUUAUGACUACAAACAGAAUGCUGCAACAAAUUACUGUG